AUGUCUCGAUGGCUUCUAAAUUACACCCCGCCCGCCGUUGUCAUUCGACUUUUGACGACAAAUGGCCUAAUUGCAUAUAUCACAUCUUGGGUUCUCUACUUAUCCGGCGCAUCUUCUGAUCCCCGACUUCUUCUCCCCGCCUGGAUAUCCAUCACCACCUCCUUAACAUUCGUCUACCACGCCACCCAAAACCAUGCCAAAAUCAAACGAGAAACAGCAGCAUCCCUCCUAGUCGUCUCCGCCGCCAGUUUCCUAAGCAUGUCCUCACUUCUCCUCCAACUCCACCUAACUCGUGAAAACGAACCUGAGGUCCCCGUCUUCGUAAUUACCCGCAAGCUAUGGGACUGGGCGGUUGCAAUUUUUCCUGCGUAUGCGCAUCGCUGA